CCUUCUUCAUUUUCAUUGUUAUCAUCAUUUCUCAAACCCCCAAAAUUCUGGUUUUCCAUUUUUUUUUUUUUUUGGUUCUUUCAUUUCCUUAUACAACUCAAUCAUGUCUUCGCUCAAUAAGGAUCGGCCUCUCCCCAAAUUCGGAGAAUGGGAUGUGAACAAUCCUGCCGCAGCCAGCGAAUUUACUGUCAUAUUUGACAAGGUUAGAGAUGAGAGGAAGACCGGUGGGACAUCUAGUAGUGUGUCACCAAAUCCAUCGCCAAAAUAUACAGCCAGUGAUAAAUACAGUCAUUCCUCCAAGUCCAACAACAAGAGAAAGUGGUUCUGCCUUUGUUAAGUUGCUCCUUUGGAUUCUCUCUCCCCUUGAAGAUCUCAGAGAGACAGGAGACUUUGGCUGGCUAUGGUGGUUGGGUACUUGUGUUGGAGAAGAGGGUCGUGACAUUGUGGUUGUUAACCUUGCUUUUUAGUGUCAUUUUUUCUUUUUUGGCUAUGGUUGUUGGGUACUUGCAUUUUAUGCAUUAUAGCUUGUACUCCCGGAGUGUA